AGGCGCUCCAGGCUGAGUGUGGAGGAGGCCUUGGCAAAAGCUCGGGCUACCGAUUUCAGAACAGUAGAGGAGGAUGAGGCAAGAGCCAAAGAGCGAGCUGAGAAGCGACAGCCCCCGGCUGUGCAGUCUCCCAGUCGUGAGCCGCCACAAAGGAACGGCGCCCAGGUGCUGCUGGCCAGCCUGCUGGAGGCGGCCAGGGAGGAGGGCCGUGUGGGGGCGACGCAGCAGAUCCGCAUCCAGUGCCCCUUCUGCAAUGCUGUGAACGCGGCCCGUGCAUCCGAGCGUCAUCGGGUCAUUUGCGGAGCCUGCCGCAGUGUCUUUGCCGUCCCCAGUUUGCGGUGAAGCGGGGGAACAAAAUCGGGACCGUGUCCGAAGUUGCAGCUGUGCGUAGUAGCUUGCCACUGUCUUUCUUUGGAUCCAAAGGC